CUCGCACCGAGGGGUCCAGUGCCGUGCAUCUGGUUCUGGGGUAGGCAACAGCAGAACAGUCACCGACAGCAGCCGGAUAAAGCUUACGAUACCCAGGUACUCAACUUUCUGGUUGGCAACAUGGUAAGUACCGGGUGCCCUCUUAACGGGAGGGAGCUCCAAAUCCACCCCCACCUCUGCAGAAGCACCCACCCACCUUGAAGCACAGGCAUGGACAAUGGAAUGCUUCCUGCCAACCGAAUAACUUCUUUCCUGCUAUCAAUCACUUCGAAACACUCGUUUGCCUGUUGCCAUGAUCACUUCAGCUUACUAUUGUGUAAAUCCUUCUCCUUCUCCCCCCUUCCCAUUCGGUGGGGCUUGCAUCUGCAUUGCGUCUUUUCACAGCUUUGACUUCUUGCCCGCGAUCCCAAAAGCACACCUACAAAUCACAACGCCACCACAAUAAUCUCACGAUCCCAUCUGCAGCCCACCACCCUGCCGACCACACCCCCUUCGCGAUACCCUCACUUCCACUAUACUGUAUUCUCCACCUGUCCGACUCUUCCUUCGGUUCCUAUUGUCCACAACAGCCACAAUGCAUCGACCACAGGGCAAGAUACGGCCCCCUCGGAAGCCCAUCAAUAACCCACGUGCCGGCCUCAGCGAGGAGCAGGAAUUCGAGGCGUGCUGGAAGAUGCUCUACGAGGCCCUGACCGAUAUACACGAACGCAACGCCGGAAAAUUAUCCUUCGAGCAGCUGUACCGGGCAAGUUACAAGAUUGUCCUGAAGAGGCGUGGCCCAGCCUUGUUCGACAAGGUCGGUGCCUUCGAAGAGCAGUGGUUCGGAGAGAGGGUCGUCCCGCCCAUUUUCGACCUGAUGAACAACAGCCACUUGAUCAGCCAUGUCCUCGGCGACGCCCCCGGCACGACCGACAAUGAGCGCCGGGAGUUGGGCGAGAAGUUCCUUAAGGGCAUGCGUGAUUCGUGGGAGCAGCACAUGAGCGCCGUGGCUAUGAUCUCUGAUAUCAUGAUGUAUCUGGAUAGGGGACAGUCGCAAGAUUCGGACCGGCCGCAGCUCUACAUGACCAUCCUCGGCCUCUACAGAGACAAUAUUCUGCGCCGCAGAUUCGAUUCCAUCGACGGACCGUUGACGGACUUGAUCAACGCCGUUGUUCUUGACCUUAUCAACAUGGAUCGGAAGGGGGACAUCAUCGACAAGAAUCUGGUCAAGAGGCUGCUCCAUAUGUACGAGCAGCUGGCAGAGUCUGACGACCUGGUCGACGAUAAUCGCCUCUACAUCACUACCUUCGAGCCCGCAUACCUCCGAGAUAGCAGGCAAUUCUAUGCACAAGAGGUGGAACAGCUGCUGCGGGAGGGGGAUGCCGGCAAUUGGCUGCGCCAUACAAGUCGUCGCCUGAUGGAGGAGGAAGACCGCUGCAGAACGACCGUGUCCUCGUUGAGUACUACCAGCAUAGUGAAAGUUGUCGACGAGGUGCUUAUUGCUAGCCAUCUGGAUCGGUUUCUAGCACUGGAGGGUAGUGGCCUCCGCGCUAUGAUCGACAAUGACCGCUUGGAAGACCUCACUCUUGUCUACAGGCUCGUCAACAGGGUUGAGCAAGGCAUUGAUAAGCUCAAGAAGAUCUUGCAGGCCCGGGUCGUCGAGCUUGGCUUGGAGAUUGAGAAGGCUCUGAAGGACGCAAAUUUCUCGGCGCAGCAACCCGGUGCAGAAGGCGCCGAGGCGGCGAAACCGCUGACUGGCUCGGCCCUCGCGACAGCAGCAGCGGUCAAGUGGGUGGACGACGUUCUCCAGCUCAAGGACAAAUUCGACAGAUUCCUGCACGGCUGCUUCGGCAGCGACAAGAUAAUUGAGUCGGCCUUGACCAAGAGCUUCGCCGAGUUCAUCAACCUCUUCAGCCGAAGCUCGGAGUUUGUGUCGCUGUUCAUCGACGACAACCUGAAGAAGGGGAUUCGAAACAAGACCGAGGCAGAGGUUGACGCGAGUAUGGAAAAGGCAAUCACACUGGUGCAAUUCCUCCAGGACAGGGACAUGUUCCAGCGAUACUACCAGAAACACCUGGCCCGCCGCCUUCUCCACGGGAAGUCUGAGAGUGAAGACGCCGAGAAGCAGCUCAUAUCGCGAAUGAAGCAGGAGAUAGGGAGCCACUUCACACAGCGAUUCGAGGGCAUGUUCAAGGAUAUGGACACUUCACGAGACCUCACAACGGGAUACCGGGACUACAUUCGCGGCCUUGGAGACGUCGACCAUAAGGUGGUGGACCUCGGGAUCAGCGUGCUCACCAGCAACCACUGGCCUUCGGAGGGCAUGAUGCAGAAGUCGGAAGACGGUCGCUUUGUCGAAUGCAACUGGCCGGUCGAGAUCAAAGCACUUCAAAAUAGUUUUUUCCAGUACUAUCUCACCGAGCGCAAUGGGCGAGUGCUGACCUGGGUUGGUAACCUUGGUACCGCCGACAUCAAAUGCGUCUUCCCCAAGAUUCCUGGAAAGGAGACAGGACCCCUGAGCAAGGAGCGACGGUACGAGCUCACCGUGUCCACUCAUGGCAUGGUGGUGCUGAUGCUGUUCAACGACCUGGCAGAGGACAAGUCCCUCACUUACGAGGAGAUCCAGGCACAGACCAGCAUCCCCCCUGGCGAUCUGAACCGCGCCCUGGCAUCCCUCUCACUGGCUCCCAAGUCCCGAGUACUGCUCAAGGAGCCGAUGACCAAGACUAUCAAGCCGGGAGACAAAUUCUCAUACAACAGCUCUUUCGUCAGCAAAGUAAUCAAGAUCAGAGCACCCAUUGUCAGCGCACAGUCCAAGGUCGAAGCCGACGACGAGCGCAAGGAGACGGAGAAGAAGAACGACGAGAGCCGCAACCACAUCGUGGAUGCGGCUGUCGUCAGAAUAAUGAAGGCCCGCAAAGAACUUGCGCACAAUCAGCUCAUUACUGAGGUGGUCAGUGUCUUGACCGGCCGCUUCAAACCCGAUAUCCCGAUGGUCAAGAAGCGAAUCGAGGACCUCAUCGCCCGCGAGUACCUCGAGCGCGCCGACGACACGGACGCGACCCAACAGGUCUACCGCUACCUUGCGUAAGGCUUCAACUGGUCGACCGCGCCCCUUGACUGCAGUCAGCGGGUCGGGAUUCUUGUGUACAUAUUGAUUAUCUUUGAUUUCGUGACGAAUGAAAUGAUGCAUGGCGUCAGGGCUGGACAGUAGGCGUGGGCCUCAUUACAUUCCAGGCAUGCCAUGAACGGCGAACAAAAAGGGUGAAGGGCCAUCUGCAUAGAUUUGAUGGAAGAGACGAGGCUGGCGGCCUCACCUCAAACCUUGUGUGGUAGCAUCUCAGACGGCUUUUACUCGGCCAGUCUGUUGGAGACGGGGGAAGGAUCCUGCCUCUGGCGGAUCCUGGGGCUCCGUACAUGGCCACAAUAGUUGGCCUGAUUUGGUAGCCCAGAAUAAAACCUUAAACUCUC